GUUCAAGUGGUUGCCUUUGAGAAUUUCCACUAUACAUACACUCCACAACUUCCCAAUUUUCUCUCUCUAGAUCUCUCUCUCUCUCUCUCUAGAGAUCACCUCCAGAUUUCGUUUCUCCGGCGACGUCAAUCAAAUCAAAUCAAAUCCCUAACAGAUCAUAACCGCAUCUGAUCCGUCGUCGUUUUGAUCUCUCUCCGGUCACCAUGGCGGCAGCUAACGCACCGAUAACCAUGAAGGAAGCACUUACGUUGCCGAGCAUAGGGAUCAAUCCGCAGUUUAUUACGUUUACGAAUGUAACGAUGGAGUCGGAUAAGUUUAUAUGUGUUCGUGAAACGUCACCGCAAAAUAGUGUGGUGAUCAUUGACAUGAACAUGCCAAUGCAGCCACUACGUAGGCCGAUUACUGCUGACUCGGCUCUUAUGAAUCCGAUUUCGAAGAUUCUGGCUUUAAAAGCUCAACUUCCUGGGACAACUCAAGAUCACCUACAGAUAUUUAAUAUCGAGAUGAAAGCUAAAAUGAAGUCUCAUCAGAUGCCUGAGCAGGUUGUCUUUUGGAAGUGGAUUACCCCUAAGAUGUUAGGCAUGGUAACCCAGACCUCAGUAUACCAUUGGUCAAUUGAAGGUGAUUCUGAACCUGUGAAGAUGUUUGAUAGGACGGCCAAUUUAUCAAACAAUCAGAUAAUUAAUUACAAAUGUGAUCCAUCUGAGAAAUGGUUGGUGUUGAUUGGAAUUGCCCCCGGCUCACCUGAGAAACCGCAGUUAGUCAAAGGAAACAUGCAGCUUUUUUCUGUUGAUCAGCAGCGAAGUCAAGCUCUUGAAGCACACGCAGCAUCAUUUGCCAGCUUGAAAGUUCCAGGCAAUGAGAACCCUUCAAUUCUUAUUUCUUUUGCAACAAAAAGCUCUAAUGCUGGACAGGUUACAUCAAAGCUGCAUGUCAUUGAGCUUGGUGCUCAACCAGGGAAGCCCUCCUUCACGAAGAAACAAGCGGAUCUCUUUUUCCCUCCAGACUUUGCAGAUGAUUUUCCCGUUGCAAUGCAGAUAUCGAACAAGUAUGGCUUGAUAUAUGUCAUCACCAAGCUGGGCCUUCUUUUUGUUUACGAUCUUGAAACCGCUACUGCAGUGUACAGAAACAGAAUAAGCCCUGAUCCGAUUUUCCUGACAUCUGAAGCUUCGUCAGUUGGAGGCUUCUAUGCUAUUAACAGACGCGGACAAGUUUUACUUGCUACUGUGAAUGAAGCGACAAUCGUGCCUUUCGUAAGUGGACAGUUGAACAACCUGGAGCUUGCUGUCAAUCUUGCCAAACGAGGAAACCUUCCUGGUGCAGAGAAUUUGGUUGUUCAACGUUUCCAAGAAUUGUUUGCUCAAACAAAAUACAAAGAAGCUGCUGAGCUAGCUGCAGAAUCUCCUCAAGGCAUUCUCCGUACACCAGACACAGUAGCAAAGUUUCAGAGUGUACCUGUGCAAGCUGGACAAACACCGCCAUUACUGCAGUACUUUGGGACCCUUCUGACAAAAGGAAAACUAAACGCUUUUGAAUCCUUGGAACUAUCUCGCUUAGUUGUCAAUCAAAACAAGAAGAAUCUUCUAGAGAACUGGUUAGCUGAAGACAAGCUUGAAUGUAGUGAGGAACUUGGAGACCUUGUCAAGACGGUGGACAAUGAUCUUGCAUUGAAAAUUUACAUUAAAGCAAGAGCAACUCCAAAAGUUGUUGCAGCUUUUGCUGAGCGCAGGGAGUUUGACAAAAUACUGAUUUACUCCAAGCAGGUUGGAUAUUCACCUGAUUAUUUGUUUCUUCUGCAAACAAUUCUUCGUACAGACCCACAGGGAGCUGUUAAUUUUGCUUUAAUGAUGUCCCAAAUGGAAGGAGGUUGUCCCGUUGAUUACAACACAAUCACGGAUCUUUUCCUCCAGAGGAACUUGAUACGUGAGGCGACAGCUUUUCUCUUGGAUGUUCUGAAGCCCAAUUUGCCAGAACACGCUCACCUGCAAACUAAGGUCCUAGAAAUCAACCUUGUAACAUUCCCCAAUGUUGCUGAUGCUAUAUUAGCUAAUGGUAUGUUCAGCCAUUACGAUCGGCCUCGGAUCGCUCAACUUUGUGAGAAAGCCGGUCUUUAUGUCCGAGCACUGCAGCAUUACAGUGAAUUGCCUGAUAUCAAACGUGUCAUUGUGAAUACUCAUGCCAUAGAGCCACAGUCUCUUGUGGAAUUCUUUGGAACUCUAUCAAAGGAAUGGGCACUUGAGUGCAUGAAGGAUCUUUUACUGGUCAAUUUGAGAGGAAACCUUCAGAUAAUUGUUCAGGUUGCAAAGGAAUACUGUGAGCAGCUUGGAGUUGAAGCAUGUAUCAAACUUUUCGAACAGUUUAAAUCAUAUGAGGGACUUUACUUCUUCCUAGGGUCGUAUUUGAGCUCCAGUGAGGAUCCUGACAUACACUUUAAGUAUAUUGAGGCAGCUGCAAAGACGGGUCAAAUUAAGGAGGUGGAACGCGUAACAAGGGAAUCAAAUUUCUAUGAUGCCGAAAAGGCUAAGAACUUUUUAAUGGAAGCGAAGCUUCCUGAUGCAAGGCCGUUGAUCAAUGUUUGUGAUCGCUUUGGCUUUGUUCCAGAUCUCACUCACUACCUCUAUACCAACAACAUGCUUCGGUAUAUUGAAGGCUAUGUCCAAAAGGUGAACCCAGGGAAUGCUCCACAAGUUGUAGGGCAGCUUUUAGAUGACGAGUGCCCUGAAGAUUUCAUCAAAGGUUUGAUCUUAUCAGUUCGUUCUUUGCUUCCGGUUGAGCCUCUGGUGGAUGAAUGUGAAAAGAGGAACCGACUUCGGUUACUUACUCAAUUUUUGGAGCAUCUUGUGAGUGAAGGAAGUCAAGAUGUCCAUGUUCACAACGCUUUGGGUAAAAUCAUCAUCGAUAGCAAUAACAACCCUGAGCACUUCCUUACCACCAAUCCUUACUAUGAUUCACGUGUUGUCGGGAAAUACUGCGAGAAGCGUGAUCCCACGCUUGCUGUUGUUGCUUAUCGCAGAGGCCAAUGUGAUGAAGAGCUUAUUAAUGUCACCAGCAAAAACUCUCUCUUCAAAUUGCAAGCAAGAUAUGUCGUGGAGAGGAUGGAUGGCGAUCUUUGGGAGAAGGUUCUUAACCCGGAGAACGAGUACAGAAGGCAGCUCAUUGAUCAGGUUGUUUCUACUGCUUUACCCGAGAGCAAGAGCCCCGAGCAGGUUUCUGCUGCCGUUAAAGCUUUCAUGACCGCUGAUCUUCCGCAUGAACUAAUUGAGCUCCUCGAGAAAAUCGUCCUACAAAACUCCGCUUUCAGUGGGAAUUUUAAUCUGCAAAACCUGCUUAUCUUAACAGCUAUAAAGGCGGACUCAUCCCGAGUUAUGGAUUACGUCAACCGAUUAGACAACUUUGACGGACCCGCUGUUGGAGAGGUAGCUGUAGAAGCACAACUUUACGAAGAGGCGUUUGCGAUAUUCAAGAAGUUCAACUUAAACGUUGAAGCAGUCAACGUUUUGUUGGAUAACAUCCAAAGUAUUCCACGUGCUGUUGAAUUUGCGUAUCGUGUGGAAGAAGAUGCCGUAUGGAGUCAGGUGGCUAAAGCUCAACUUAAAGAAGGACUUGUUAGUGAUGCGAUCGAGUCGUUCAUUCGUGCUGAUGAUUCUACUCAAUUCUUGGAUGUUAUUCGUGCUGCUGAAGACACCGAAUGUUACCAUGAUUUGGUGAAGUAUCUGUUAAUGGUGAGGAACAAGAUCAAGGAGCCAAAGGUGGAUAGCGAGCUCAUCUAUGCGUAUGCGAAGAUUGACCGGUUGAGUGACAUUGAGGAGUUUAUCCUCAUGCCAAAUGUUGCCAAUCUCCAUAAUGUCGGUGAUCGUUUGUUUGAUGAAGCUUUGUACGAAGCUGCGAAGAUUAUAUAUGCCUUCAUCUCCAACUGGGCUAAGCUUGCUGUAACACUUGUGAGGCUCCAACAGUUUCAAGGCGCUGUUGAUGCUGCUCGUAAAGCAAAUAGUGCCAAAACAUGGAAAGAAGUUUGCUUCGCUUGUGUUGAUGCUGAGGAGUUCCGUUUGGCUCAGAUAUGUGGGCUCAAUAUUAUUGUGCAGGUGGAUGAUCUGGAAGAGGUCAGUGAAUACUACCAGAACGGUGGACACUUCAACGAGCUGAUUUCUCUUAUGGAGAGCGGCUUAGGCUUGGAACGGGCCCACAUGGGCAUCUUCACCGAGUUGGGUGUCUUAUACGCCCGAUACCGUCACGAGAAGUUAAUGGAGCACAUAAAACUCUUCUCAACCCGUCUCAACAUUCCAAAGUUAAUCCGUGCUUGUGACGAGCAACAACACUGGAAAGAACUUACUUAUUUAUACAUUCAGUAUGACGAGUUCGAUAAUGCUGCUACUACCGUCAUGAACCACUCCCCAGAAGCCUGGGAUCAUAUGCAAUUCAAAGAUAUUGCGGUUAAAGUGGCAAACGUUGAGCUUUAUUACAAGGCGGUUCACUUCUAUUUAGAAGAACAUCCUGACCUUAUCAAUGAUGUUCUUAAUGUCCUUGCACUACGUGUUGACCAUACUCGUGUUGUGGACAUCAUGCGUAAGGCGGGUCAACUUCCUCUAGUCAAACCGUACAUGGUUGCGGUUCAGAGCAAUAACGUAUCCGCUGUGAAUGAGGCAUUGAAUGAAAUAUACGUUGAAGAGGAAGAUUAUGAUAGACUCCGUGAAUCUAUAGAUUUGCAUGAUAACUUUGACCAGAUUGGUCUUGCACAGAAGAUUGAGAAACACGAGCUUCUUGAGAUGAGGCGUGUGGCUGCAUAUAUUUACAAAAAAGCCGGUAGAUGGAAGCAGUCGAUCGCACUGUCUAAAAAAGACAAGGUUUACAAAGACGCAAUGGAGACCGCUUCACAAUCCGGGGACCGUGAGCUUGCUGAAGAGUUGCUUGUUUAUUUCAUUGAGCAGGGAAAGAAGGAAUGCUUUGCUUCUUGUCUCUUUGUUUGUUACGAUCUGAUCCGUCCAGAUGUCGCCCUUGAGCUUGCCUGGUUGAAUAAUAUGAUCGAUUUUGCGUUCCCGUAUCUGCUUCAGUUUAUCCGUGAAUAUACGGGCAAGGUCGACGAACUAAUUAAGGACAAGAUCGAAGCAGUUAAGGAAAAUGAAGCCAAGAAAAACGAGGAGCAGGAUAUCGUUAAACAACAGAAUAUGUAUGCUCAACUACUCCCUCUUGCAUUACCCGCUCCACCGGGCAUGGGCGGUAUGGGAAUGCCGCCAAUGCCUCCACCACCCAUGGGUGGAAUGGGGAUGCCGCCAAUGCCUCCAUUCGGGAUGCCGCCAAUGGGUUCUUAUUGAUUGAAGCGUUACUUUAGUUAGCAGCGGUCGGUCGUGGGUCCCUUUUCGAGGAAAGAUGGGCGUAAUUUGCUUUUGGUUUUGGAGGAAGAUGGAUUGAGAUUGAGUAAUGGUGUUAUUUGUUUUAGUGUGUGGAUAUGAUUUGAUUGUAAUAUUCUUUUAGACGGAGGCAUUUUUUUGGCAGCUGGUAGGGCAGCAAAGUAUGAGUAUAAUGGUUAAUUGUGUAAUGUGUACCAAAAUACAAGGGGUCGAUAUGCAACUUUUUAUUACUGUUUUUUUUUACCUUUUUUUGUUUUCUUUUC